CGGCCACCAAACAUUCCAGACGACCAGACCCGUUUCCGAAUCAUCGGCGCCUCGCUUCGCCUCAGCAGCCAGUGAGUUGCUUCGUUGGGAAGGCAAGAGCCAAGAGGGACCUGCAGCCGCGAGCCCGCGAUGGCCCGACGGGCGGCAUUGCUUCUGUUUCUGCUUGCCGCGUCGGCGGCGGCGGCGGCGGCGGCGGGGAGGAAGGAGAAGGCCGGCGAGAAGGUGUGCGACAAGGGGUGGGAGUGCAGCGGCAGCCGGUUCUGCUGCAACGAGACCAUCGGCGACUUCUUCAAGGCGUACCAGUUCGAGGAGCUCUUCGCCCACCGCAACGAUGCCCAGGCCCACGCCCCCGGCUUCUGGGACUACCAGGCCUUCAUCGCCGCCGCCGCCCUCUUCGAGCCCCGCGGGUUCGGCACCACCGGAGGCAAGGAGAUGGGGAUGAUGGAGGUCGCCGCCUUCCUAGGACAUGUCGGCGCGAAGACGUCCUGUGGAUAUGGUGAAGCACCUGCUGGUGAAACGGCUUGGGGGCUUUGCUACAACCAUGAAUUGAGCCCCAGUCAGAACUACUGUGAUGAUAGCAACGAAUUGUACCCUUGUGUUGAAGGAGUUGAGUACUAUGGCAGAGGCGCUAUUCCUGUUUACUGGAACUACAACUAUGGUAUUGUUGGCAAUGGUAUCAAGCAGGAUCUGUUGAAUCACCCAGAGCUAUUGGAACAGAAUGCCACCCUAGCAUUUGAAGCAGCUGUUUGGAGGUGGAUGACUCCAAUGAAGCGGAAGCAGCCAUCUGCCCAUGAUGUGUUUGUUGGUAACUGGAAACCGACCAAGAACGACACAUUGUCCAAGAGGUAUCCUGGCUUUGGUGCUACCAUGAACAUCCUGUAUGGUGAUGGUAUCUGUGGUCAAGGGUCCACUGAUAAGAUGAACACCAUUAUAUCCCAUUACCAACAUUAUCUCGACUUGAUGGGAGUUGGCCGUGAGCACUCUGGAGAUAACUUGGAUUGUGGUGACCAGGUGGCUUUCAAUCCAACAUCAGAGAGUUCCAACUUCUAAGAAACUGUUUCAAAAAUCUGUGUGUCUGGGCUGUGGGCCCACUAACUGGCUUCCCCAAGCUACAGCGAUCAUGUCUGUGAAACAACAGUUGUUUGCCAUAUGGCAUAUGUACUUGACGAUAAUUAAAAUCCAGUCAUGAUUUACCUGUACUGUAAAUUAAGCCGUUUCUGUCAUUGAAUCUGCUUUCCUUGAUAUCGUUUGAGAAAAAAAACUUUUUUCUGCUA